AAAAGUCACGAACAAAAUGUCUGUGCUCGGUUUAUUGACGCUGAUUAUUGGCUCAAAGGUCUAAAGAUCUUCUGACAUGUUUAAUAGAAGCGGUUUCUGUAACCUGCAGCUCUCACUGAGGGCAGUAACGUUUAUUAUUAACGUUUAUUAUUAAUGUUUAUUAUUAAUCUCUGUUAUUAAUGUUUACAGUUGGCUCUAAAAGCGUAGCUUCUUCCCCUUAGCCUGUUAGCUCGUUAGCCUGUUAGCUCGUUAGCCUGAUAGCUCGUUAGCAUGUUAGCUCGUUAGCCUGAUAGCCCGUUAUCCUGUUAGCAUGUUAGCUCAUUAGCCUGUUAGCUCUUUAGCAUGUUAGCUCGUUAGCCAGUUAGCUUUCGGCGCAGCAACAGUGAGCUUCAACAUUCUGUGAUUUUUUUUACCACCACCAUCAACACAAAGCUACGAAAAUGAACCGGAAAAAGGACAAAGGCUUCGAGAGUCCGCGACCUUAUAAAUUAACACACCAGGUGGUCUGUAUUAACAACAUCAACUUCCAGAGGAAGUCAGUUAUUGGUUUUGUGGAGCUGACCAUCUUCCCCACCGUGGUGAACCUGAACCGCAUCAAACUGAACAGCAAGCAGUGCCGCAUUUACAGGGUGCGAGUGAACGAGCUGGAAGCACCAUUUCUAUAUAACGACCCCACGCUGGAGGUCUGCCACCACGAGUCCAAGCAGCGAAACCUGAACUACUUCUCCAGCGCUUAUGCUGCAGCAGUGAGUGCCGUUGAUCCAGAUGCAGGGAAUGGAGAGCUCUCUAUUAAAGUGCCUGCUGAACUGUGGAAGCAGGGAGACGAGAUGAAGGUACUGAAGGUGUAUAUUGAGUUCUCCCUGGACCAACCUAAAGGAGGGCUGCACUUUGUUGUGCCUGACAUGGAGGGCAGCAUGGCUGAGAGAGGAGCUCACGUCUUCUCCUGCGGAUACCAGAAUUCCACUCGGUUCUGGUUCCCGUGUGUGGACUCGUACUCUGAGCUGUGCACGUGGAAGCUGGAGUUCACUGUGGACGCCUCCAUGGUGGCCGUGUCGUGUGGUGACCUCAUGGAGACCAUCUACACUCAUGACAUGCGCAAGAAGACUUUUCAUUAUGUGCUGCCCAUCCCCACCGCUGCCCCCAACAUCUCACUGGCAGUGGGGCCAUUCGAGGUCCUUGUGGAUCCGUACAUGCAUGAGGUGACUCAUUUCUGCCUGCCUCAGCUUCUGCCCCUACUUAAGCACACCAUGUCGUACCUACACGAGGUGUUUGAGUUCUAUGAGGAGAUCCUGACCUGCCGCUACCCGUACUCCUGCUUUAAGACCGUGUUUGUGGACGAGGCCUACAUGCAGGUCUCCUCCUUUGCCUCCAUGAGCAUAUUCAGUACGAACCUCCUGCACAGCGGAUUGAUUAUAGACCAGACUCCAGUAACACGCCGCGUUCUGGCACAGGGCCUGGCACAACAGUUUUUUGGCUGCUUCAUCUCACGCAUGUCAUGGUCUGACGAGUGGGUGUUGAAAGGCAUCUCCGGCUACAUCUACGGUCUCUACCUGAAGAAGACGUUUGGAGUGAACGAGUAUCGCCACUGGAUCAGGGAGGAGCUGGACAGGAUUGUGGAGUACGAGCUGAAAACAGGAGGCGUUCUGCUGCACCCCACGUUCGCCGGAGGAAAAGAAAAAGACAGCCCAACGCCACACUUACAUUUCUCUAUUAAACACCCACACACACUGUCCUGGGAGUACUACAAAAUGUUCCUGUGCAAGGCUCACCUGGUCAUGAGGCUGAUCGAGAACCGCAUCAGUAUGGAGUUCAUGCUGCAGGUGUUUAACAAGUUGCUCAGCCUGGCCAGCACAGCUUCAUCUCAGAAGUAUCAGUCACACAUGUGGAGCCAGAUGCUUUUGUCCACCUCUGGGUUUCUCAAAUCCAUCUCCAAUGUGUCAGGGAAGGACAUUGGGCCGUUGAUCAAGCAGUGGGUAGACCAGAGUGGAGUGGUUAAGUUCUUUGGGAGCUUUGCCUUCAACAGGAAAAGAAACGUGCUGGAGCUGGAGAUCCGUCAGGAUUACAUGUCCUCCGGCACGCAGAAAUACGUGGGCCCCAUUAAAGUGACUGUGCAGGAACUGGACGGAUCCUUUAACCACAUGCUGCAGAUCGAAGAGAACAGCCUGAAACAUGACAUCCCCUGUCACUCCAAAAGCAGGAGGAACAAGAAGAAAAAGAUCCCUCUGAUGAAUGGAGAAGAAGUGGACAUGGACCUGUCUGCCAUGGACGCCGACUCGCCCCUGCUGUGGAUCCGGAUCGACCCCGACAUGUCGGUGCUGAGGAAGGUGGACCUGGCACAAGCCGACUUCAUGUGGCAGUACCAGCUGCGCUACGAGCGAGAUGUGGUGGCGCAGGAGGAGGCCAUUGUGGCACUGGAGAAAUUCCCCACUGCUGCCUCUCGCCUGGCCCUUACUGACAUCCUCGAGCAAGAGCAGUGCUUCUACAAAGUGCGCAUGCAGGCCUGCUUCUGCUUGGCCAAGAUUGCGAACUCCAUGGUGAGCACGUGGCAAGGACCUCCAGCUAUGAAGUCCCUGUUCACGCGUAUGUUCUGCUGCAAGAGCUGCCCUAACAUCGUCAAGACCAACAACUUCAUUAACUUCCAGAGCUACUUCCUGCAGAAGACCAUGCCAGUGGCGAUGGCUUUGCUCAGGGACGUGCAGAAUCUCUGUCCUAAAGAGGUCCUUAACUUCAUCCUCGACCUCAUCAAGUACAAUGACAAUGGGAAAAAUAAGUUCUCAGAUAAUUACUACCGCGCAGAACUGAUCGAAGCCCUGACCAACUCCUUAACUCCAGCCAUCAGCAUCAACAACGAGGUGCGUACUGUGGACAGUCUGAACCCCGACGUCAAGCUCAUCCUGGAGGAAGUGACACGCUACCUGAACAUGGAGAAACUGCUGCCGAGCUACAGGAACAUCAUCACCGUCAGCUGCCUGCGGGCCAUCAGGAUGCUGCAGAGGAACGGCCACAUCCCCAGCGACCCGAGCGUCUUUAAAUCCUACGCGGCGUACGGCCAUUUUGUGGACGUGAGACUUGCGGCGCUCGAGGCUGUGGUCGACUACACAAGAGUCGACAGGAGCACUGAGGAGCUUCAGUGGCUGUUGGACAUGGUCCAGAAUGAUCCUGUACACUAUGUGAGACACAGGAUUCUAAACAUGUUGUCCAAGAAUCCGCCCUUCACUAAAGCAGCAGAGUCUCCUCUGUGCACCGAGGCUCUCGUGGACCAACUGUGGAAACUGAUGAAUUCUGGUACCUGGCAUGACUGGCGUUUACGCUGCGAUGCUGUGAACCUGUACCACAAUCUGUUUGGUCUGACCAGGCCCUCAUGCCUGCCUCUGCCGGAACUCGGACUCGUCCUCAACCUGAAGGAGAAGAAGGCCGUCCUGAACCCCACCAUCAAAUCGGAUUCAGAGGGACUUGAGCUUGCACCCGACAUGGUCUUCUGUAGCAGUGUGAAAGAGGAGCAUGUUGUUAUGGAGCCGAGUUUAAGCAGCAUAGCCCUCACUCCACAGGGCCUGAAGAGGAAGGCCGAGACGCCUUUGGCUUCGCCCCCUGAACCUGGACAAGUGCUACAAGAUGAGCCAAUGGGAAAGAUAGCUGUCAAGACCCGAUUUCCUAUGCAUGAGGAUGAGGAUAUUGACAUGGACACAGUUCAUGACAGCCGAGCAUUUAUCUACCAUCACCUGAGCAUGCUGGAUCGACCAUCAACACCAGGUCGAGAACCUCCUAUCAUGGAGCAGGCUGCCAUGCCCAUGCCAGCUACACCUAUUCCAACGUUUGCUAAGGAGGGUGCCUCCUCCUCUUCCUCCUCGAAGCACCACCACCACCACCAUCACCACCACCAUGAGCACAAGAAGAAGAAGAAGAAGCACAAGCACAAGCACAAGCACAAACACAAGCAUGAGAGCAAGGACAAAGAGAAGGAGCGCGACCUCCACAGCUUUGCUAACAGCCCGGCGAGUGGCCGCUCACCCUCACUGUCUGACUAACACCAGUUCCACAGUGUGCUAUCUCUUUAACUCAGAUUUCUACAGGAACAUGUUGACAGAUUGAUGUUUCCUGAAACUCCUCUUGUGUCUUGUCCUGUAGGAGAAAGACCAUCGUGACAAAUCGGUGAUUUUACAAACGUACAUUUUCCUUGAAUCCACAGAUCACCUGAACCAUGCUAACAGUUUAAUAUCCUCGUUGCCUGAUGGCUAGUUUAAAGAGCAAAAAGCAUUCCUAGCUAGUCAAAUAAAAAUCUUUUCUGUAUCUUACCUCUACAAUACAAUGCUUUGUUAAAUCUUUACACAAUGACCUGUUCAUCUGAAGUAUUGUUAUUGUACAAACUCACAAAUCCUCAGCGCUGGAAUUCUGCAUUGUUUUGCUUUUCAAAAUGCUUUGUGUAGCUACUAGCAUGGCUACUUCUCUCAAACUGUAGCUCAAACUCGGCUUCUUGGACAUCCACCUAGUUGUUACACUUGUUUCAUCAUAAUCCUUUCUGUAUCCAUACAGCAGCCAAGGACCCUCUGGUUGGGUGGGUAACGGGGUGAUCUCAGGUUUUAUAACAUUACCUUUUUUUGCAUAUUUGUAGAUGAAAUAAAUUAUACCUUUUCUAAAAA